AUGUCGGAGAGAGCUCCUCGUGGCACCCGCCCCAGUCUCCGCCAUGGUGCCCUCUCGCACUCGUUUAUACACGAUCACCAGCAGUACAAGCCUGCGGGCUCCCCGCCUUCCUACCAGCCGGAGCUUGGCGCCUCCAUCUCGGGGACCCUGGAGGACCCCAAGGUCAAGGAGAGCGGCGUUGUACACUCGCUCUUCGGCGAUGCUCUUGCUUCCCUGCCAGCAGACACUCCAAAACUAGUUGCAACCAUCUUCUAUAUUGGCGACAAGAGCAACAAUGCCGGCGGAAUCAAUAGCAACGUCAACAGCAAUAAAAACUCCUCGGCUGAUUUACCUACUGCUGAAGAUCCCCUCGAGCCAACUGCUCCAUCCUUGCCUCUGGAUGCUCUCUAUGGCAGCCAUGUCUCCCAGCUGUGUCUGACCAGCUUUAUACAGACAAUCGAGAGCAUCUCGCACCCGUACAGGCGCAUGUCUAGCUCCCACAGAUGUCUUGACAGGCAGGAAAACCCCCGCGUUGUCGAGGUCACCAUCACACCACCACCGAGCGGUGAAUAUCUCUCCUUUGACGAGCUGCGCAAACAUGAGAACAUCUGGAGGUUUGAGCGAGCCUGGAACGUCGAGGUCGUCCUGCAGAUGGAGAAUGUCUGGCGGCGAUACAAGCGCCUUGCUGUCUUCGACAUGGACAGCACCCUCAUCCAGCAGGAGGUGAUCGACGAGAUCGCCAGAGUCACCGGGGUAGAGAAGGAGGUCUCCGAUAUAACCGCCCGUGCUAUGAAUGGCGAGCUCGACUUCGAGGCGUCCCUUAAAGCUAGAGUAGCCCUACUCAAGGGAACGCCGGCAGAUGUGUUCGACAGGCUCAAGUCCGUCAUUACCAUCUCUCCAGGCGCUCGAGAGCUUUGCGCCGCGCUCAAGAAGCUCGGAUACAAGACCGCAGUUCUCAGUGGUGGAUUUCAGCCACUCGCUGACUUUCUCGCCGAUCAACUGGGCUUGGAUUAUGCAGUUGCAAACCACCUCGUAAUCGAUGAAACCACCCAGACACUCACCGGCACCCUCUCACCCGAUCAUCCAAUAGUAGACGCUAAGCAGAAACGCUCGCUACUUCGAGCUCUUGCACUUAAGAACGGCAUAGAUAUGUCUCAAACUCUCGCGGUAGGUGACGGUGCUAAUGAUCUGCUUAUGCUAAAGGAGGCGGGGUUGGGAGUUGCAUGGUGUGCAAAGAGCAUGGUGCAGUUGGAAGCACCAACGAAACUGAACGGAGAGUCUCUCUCUGAUAUCUUGUACCUUCUCGGUUUGAGCGAGCAGGAGGCCCAGUCGUUGACUGCGAGACAGUCUGUCGACGAGUCGUCGAUGAAAGGAUUGACCAUAACAGAGCGGCCCUCAUAG